CCGAAGAUUACCAAACAUCAUAUUCAAAGUUACUUUGAUAGAUUCAAUAAAAAUAUCUGCGAUGCUGUUAAAUUGUAUGAAUCGAGAUACCUUCUUGUUUUACGAUCAGCAACAUCUGGCCAAGAUACUUACCUAAAAGGUUAUUGCAAGGCAUCCAUGAAACAACUUCAAUACGAGAUUAACAUCAAAUUAAAUAACGAUGGAAUGCCUGAAGAGGCAAACUGUGAAUGUGCAGCAGAUGAAGGCAAUGAAGCCCACUGUAAACACAUUGCUGUGGUGCUUCUUGCAGCAGAAAACAUUGUCCAGCAAAAAAUAAUAAUACUUCAUGAAGUUUCUACGUCACAACUACAGACAUUCCAUAAGCCAUCAAGGAAAUAUUAUGCUACUCCAUUACGAGCUUCCAGAUUCCCAUCAAAAAGGGAUAUAAAUAAUACUGUCUUCUCGCCAUACUUGAAGCAAAACCCUGAUUUUGACAAGAAGGCAUUUCAAUGCAGAUUCCAGUCCAUGAUUCUAAAUUAUCCACAGUCAUCAAUGCCUAUAAAACAGAUAUAUCCUGUAGCCAGCCAACGAAGCAUAUGUUUGGACCAUGAGUACUUGGAAAAAAGUGCUAUAGAUUGUUUUUUAGAAUCUAUGGUAUUGCAAAAUGUAUCAGAACAAAAGAUUCUGGAAAUAGAAAGGGAGACUCGAGGACAAAGCAAUAACCCAAAAUGGCAUAGUUACAGAAAAACCCAUAUAACAGCCAGCAUUUUUCAUACUGUGUGCCAUUUAAAAACUGAAAGUUUAUUGAAAUAUUCCAGUCAAAUCUUACAUAAAACUACAAUAAAAACCAAAGCAAUGGCACAUGGUAAUAUAAAUGAAAAAAUUGCAAUGAAAAAAUAUAUGGACACUUUUAAUCUUGAAAUUACAGAAUGUGGGUUAUUUUUGAGUAAGGAACGUCCUUACCUAGGAGCAUCCCCUGAUGGCUUACUGGGAUCAGAAACAAUAAUAGAAGUAAAAUGUCCAUAUAGUUCGCGGAACAAAGAAGUUUGUCCACUAAAUGUGCCAUAUCUACAAUAUGAAAAUGGGAAACUCUCUUUGAAAAAGAACAACAUAUAUUACUAUCAAAUACAAGGGCAAUUGUAUGUCACAAAAAGGAAAUUUUGCAACUUAUUGGUUUAUACCUUCAAAAGUUUAGAAGUCAUAUUCAUUGAUUAUGAUGAAGAAUUCAUUAAGUACAUGUUAGAAAAACUUGAUUAUUUUUAUCACAACUUCUUUAAAGCUGCUGUGAUUAAAAAACUCCUAUAUAAAGAAUAA